ACAAUACCAAAGCUUGUCGAGGAGAUAAAUCAUGACUACCCAUUUGCUAAUUCAAAAGAAAAGUGUACAAUACAGAAAGAGAAAAUGAUGCUGUCAUCAGAUGAAUGCUCUGUAGUUAAAGAGACUACUGUUCAACAACAUAAAACCAGCAAAUGGGAAGAUUAUAGGCUUGGCAGGAUAACUGCCAGUAAGGCUCAUGAAUUCAUAACCAAAUAUGAUGACAAUCUUAACAUCAAAAAUGUAAAAGGAGCUGAAAAUCUAAAUCUAAAGAGAAAGUGGAUGCCAAGCCUAUGCAGUGGAGCAGACAAAAUGAACCAAAGGCAAGGAAUAAAUACGGAAAAGAAUUCAAAGGAAAUCACAAAAGUUUUACUUGCAAAGAGCCAGGUCUUGUUAUUUCUUCCUUAUACCCUUACCUUGCAGCAAGUCCAGAUUGAGAGAUUUCUUGCAAGAGUCAUAGAGAUGGUCUGUAUG